AUGCAUCUCUCCUACCUUUCUUUUCUCACUUUAGCUGCCCCCUUGGUAGCAGCCAUUGCUCCUCCUGCUGCAUCUCCGGCACCGACCACGCUCAUCACCGCCUCCAAAGUCAACAGCGCGGCCGCAGCCGCAGCCCCCAGCCCUACCCAGCCAGGCAUCGCCGCAAAUUGCAACGCGUACCAUCUGGUGGCGAGUGGUGAGACCUGCGCCAGUAUUGCGACGACAGCCGGCAUCUCCCUGACCGACUUUUAUUCGUGGAACUCCGGCGUCGGCAGCGGAUGUACUGCCCUGUGGCUGGGGUACUAUGUCUGCGUUGGGGUGGGAUCAACGGCGACAACCACCACCACAAGUACCACCACUACCGCUGCGGUGUCAACUCCCACCCCCGUUCAGACGGGCAUGGUGACCAACUGCAAUACCUUUUACCUGGUGGCGUCGGGCGAUACGUGCACUACUGUUGCGACGAAGGAGGGAAUUACCGUGCAGGACAUUGUAACCUGGAACCCAGCCGUGGGGACAGGAUGCACUAAUAUGUGGUAUGGAUACUAUAUCUGUGUUGGGGUUUCGGGAUGA